AUAGAGAUAUAGAAAUAAGGGAAAGUGAUAAUUUAGCUGUGAUACCACCAUUGAGUGGUGGUUAACUUAAUUUUGAUAAAUAAAAGGUUGUUUGUGGUCUGAAAAAACUAAUUAAAAUUAGUUGGCUGUGAUAUUACUGAAAAGUGGCAAAGGAAUAGUUCAAGGAUUUAAAAAUAAUUGUCUAUGGUCUAGUAAUAGGGUUGUCAAGAAAUUAUUUAGAAUUAGAUUUAGCAAUGGAUCACCUAAAGCUGAUUACAGACAAACUGUCUGUGGAAGAAGUCAGUGACUUGGUUCUGGACAGCAGAUGUGGAGCAGUUUCAGUAUUUGUUGGAACCACCAGGGACAGUUUUGAUGGCAAAAAGGUGGUGCGAUUGGAAUACGAGGCAUAUGACUCUAUGGCGCUGAAGGCCAUGCAGAGCAUCUGUGAUGACGUCAGAGACAAGUGGCCCGCUGUGCAUAGCAUUGCAAUGUACCACAGGUUAGGCUGCGUCCCUGUGAAAGAAGCGUCGGUUGUGAUAGCAGUGAGCAGUCCCCACAGAGUAGACUCGCUAGAAGCCGUCUCCUACUGCAUCGACCAGCUCAAGGCGAGCGUGCCGAUAUGGAAGAAGGAGGUCUACGAAGACCAGGAACCUGUGUGGAAGGAGAACAACGAAUGCAUAUCGAAGGAAGACACAACACCAGAAAUCAUAGAUAAGAAUCUAGUACAAAUCAAUGUUUCGAGUGAGGAACUCGACAAAAGAAUACAAAAUUUCAUUGAGAGAAAAAGGGAACAAGUGAAUAUAAGCAAUAUACACGACUUCAUUCCGUCUAAAGGCGAGAACGAGGCGGAAGAUAUGGAGACGUGUGCUAGAGUGAGAACGCAGUUCGUUAAGCGAAGUGAUUCUAAGGGUCACUUGAAAAUCCGCAGGGUGUACAACGAGUGGGGUCCACAGACCGUGUCCAGGAGUCACCCUUACAUCAAAGAGGAGAACUCCCACAAUCUGCCUCUAUCCAUCGCAGAGAGGGUGUUGUCCAUCGAGUCGUACCUGAACACCGGGCCCGUCGCGCCGGACAUAUACAAGCGACUGAAGGAUAUGGAGGACAAAAUCGCCCAUUUGCAGUCCAUUUCACCAGAAUAUGCGAUGUUUUGGAGAAACAAAAAUACGGAUACAGAUUCCGAGCAAGAGUCGCAAGAGUACACUUUCAGUGCAGACGAUAUCACCAAGAGAAUAGAGUUGUUGGAGAAACAGCAGUGACUACUAACCAUUGGCGUAUCUAGGAUUAUUUCCUAGGUCGGGGCCUGGAUGAUAUUAUAAAAGAAUUCCAUAUCGGUAGCCCAGAAUCCUAGGGUGGGCAAGGGUUAAUUCUAGGGUGAGCACGAAGAAAUAGGGAUUAUGACAGUUUUUUAAAUUGUAUAUAAAUUAAGAGUAUGCUAAUAGUAAAGCAAUUUUGUAAAAGUAACAGGGUAUCUGCGAUCAUUACUUUCGGAGCUACAGGGAUUUAAAGGGUCAGAUUUGCGGCGCUGCCGCGGAUCCUUGAAAAACGCUCCAUACAAAAUGGCACGAACUAAUGACGUCGUAGGUAAUGUAAUGAUCGUUAGAUUUGUGUGGGCGUUCUAACAAAAUGUCACAUUUAAUGUAAGGAAGCUAAAACUGUAAGAAUUUUCAUCUAAUUACGAUAAAAGAUUUUUAAUAGAUUUUGAAAUUUU